UGCCAUCCAUCGCCUUGCUUCUCGGGCAGGUUCUAUAUAAGCUAUGCCUCGCUUCUCUCUCUCGAUCUCAGGCAAGGUGUUAGCUGGCCACUGGCUACUCGCACAGUGACACACACACACACACACACACUCUGAUCCAUCCUUGCUGCUAUGGCUGGCUAGCUAGCUGCUCGCCCGGCCCAUGCAUGUGAGCUCAGUUAUUGAACGCCCCGCGCGAUAGAUCGAUCGCCAGUAGCAGCGCGCGGCUCGGUUGCUUGAUUGGUGGUGGUGGCGAUGGAGGCCGGGGCGUGGGCGGUGGUGGCGGCGGCCGCGGCCGCGUACAUGGCGUGGUUCUGGCGGAUGUCGCGCGGGCUGAGCGGCCCGCGCGUGUGGCCGCUCGUCGGGAGCCUGCCGGGGCUGGUGCGGCACGCGGAGGACAUGCACGAGUGGAUCGCCGGCAACCUGCGCCGCACGCGGGGCACCUACCAGACGUGCAUCUUCGCCGUGCCGGGGCUGGCGCGCCGCGGCGGGCUGGUCACCGUGACGUGCGACCCGAGGAACCUGGAGCACGUCCUCAAGGCGCGCUUCGACAACUACCCCAAGGGCCCCUUCUGGCACGGCGUGUUCGGGGACCUGCUCGGCGACGGCAUCUUCAACUCCGACGGGGAGACGUGGGUGGCGCAGCGGAAGACGGCGGCGCUCGAGUUCACCACGCGCACGCUGCGCACCGCCAUGUCGCGGUGGGUGUCGAGGUCCAUCCACAACCGCCUGCUGCCCAUCCUGUCCGACGCCGCCGCGGCCGGCGCGAGCGUCGACCUCCAGGACCUCCUCCUCCGCCUCACAUUCGACAAUAUCUGCGGCCUCGCGUUCGGCAAGGACCCCGAGACGCUAGCCCGCGGCCUGCCGGAGAAUGACUUCGCCUCGGCGUUCGACCGGGCCACCGAGGCCACGCUCAACCGCUUCAUCUUCCCGGAGUGCGUGUGGCGGUUCAAGAAGUGGCUGGGGCUCGGCAUGGAGACCACGCUGGCGCGCAGCGUCCAGCACGUCGACCGCUACCUCUCGGCCGUCAUCAAGGCGCGCAAACUGGAGCUCGCCGGUAACAACGGCAAGGGCGACGCGUCGUCGGCCACGCCGCACGAUGACCUUCUCUCGCGCUUCAUGCGGAAGGGGACCUACUCCGACGAGUCGCUGCAGCACGUGGCGCUCAACUUCAUCCUCGCCGGCCGCGACACCUCCUCGGUGGCGCUCUCCUGGUUCUUCUGGCUGGUCUCCACCCACCCCGCCGUCGAGCGCAAGAUCGUCCGCGAGCUCUGCACCGUGCUUGCCGCGUCGCGCGGCGCCGACGACCCAGCAUUGUGGCUCGCCGCGCCGCUCAACUUCGAGGAGCUCGACCACCUCGUGUACCUCAAAGCGGCGCUCUCAGAGACGCUCCGCCUGUACCCCUCCGUGCCGGAGGACUCCAAACACGUCGUCGCCGACGACGUCCUCCCGGACGGCACGUUCGUGCCGGCGGGGUCGUCGGUCACGUACUCCAUCUACUCCGCGGGACGCAUGAAGACGGUGUGGGGCGAUGACUGCCUCGAAUUCCGGCCGGAGCGGUGGCUGUCGGCCGACGGCACGAAGUUCGAGCCGCACGACUCGUUCAGGUUCGUGGCGUUCAACGCCGGCCCGCGCAUAUGCCUCGGCAAGGACCUCGCGUACCUGCAGAUGAGGAACAUCGCCGGCAGCGUGCUCCUCCGCCACCGCCUCUCCGUGGCACCGGGCCACCGCGUCGAGCAGAAGAUGUCGCUCACGCUGUUCAUGAAGCACGGGCUCCGGAUGGAGGUGCGCCCGCGCGACCUCGCGCCGAUCGUCGACGAGCUCCGCGGCGUCGGGGAGUACGCCGCCGCGGCACGCGCCACCGCGGCCUGCGCGUAGACGAUCAUGCAUGCGCCAUGGAUCGUUCGACGAAGUCAAUUGGAAAAUGGCAAAAAAGAAAAAAAUUAUGUAGAUACACGAGGAGUCCAAGAUAGUAGUAAGUAAUUACAGGGUUUGUUUGGUUGGUGAGGUCAUUUAAAUCACUUGCUUUUACAGCUUAUUACCAGUCGAUAGAGGAAAUGUCUAAAGAAAACUUCCAAACUUAAGAUUCUAGAUCAUGUAUGAUUUGGUUGUGCAGCCACCAAAAUUAAGGAGCAAUAAUAAUCUCCUGUGUAACCCAAAACGGGAAGCCCAAAUUCGUCUGGGCGGUUUGUAUUAAUGUGCCGCCAAUUAUUGUUAGCAAGUUGCUUGUUCAGAUUAA